CAAUCAAAAUCUAAGUAGCAUCCACGAGGAAGCGUCGGUGCCGUAUUUAAAGUGGCAUUGUAUGUUUCGGUACUAAAUUGUAAGUGACUAACGUGUGUGUAGCGUCACACUAAAGCCUCGUGCUGCAGGUGAAGAUGAAGACCCCGCUGCUGCUGGUUCUGACUGUCGUGUUAAAUGUUCAGUGCGCUCUCUCUUUAUGUCCCCAUCCGCCGUCAAAGUGGUGCUCGUCUCUGGACUCAGCUCUCCAGUGCGGGGUUUUGAAGCAGUGCCAGGAGUCUAACUUCACCAGGUCCCGUCAGACAACAGAUCACGUGGAGGUGGUGCUUUACUAUGAGAGUCUGUGUCCCGGCUGCAGAAUGUUUUUCACUGAGAUGCUCUUUCCCACCUGGCUCAUGCUGAAAGACAUCAUGUCGGUUACUCUGGUGCCCUACGGCAAUGCAAGGGAGAAACCUGAUGGACAGAAGUAUAUUUUUGAGUGCCAGCAUGGAGAACUGGAAUGUCUGGGCAACAUGAUUGAGACUUGUCUAUUGAACAUGACCGACGUUGCUUACCAGAUUAUCUACUGCAUGGAAUCUUCCUCUGAUGUCAUCAAGGCAGCCAAGAGCUGCGUGGAACUCUACAGCCCUCAGCUGAACUGGGACAGCGUCAUGAGCUGUGUAAAAGGGGACGUGGGAAACCAGCUGAUGCAUCAGAAUGCCUUGAGGACCGAAGCUCUGAAACCUCCCCACCAAUAUGUUCCCUGGGUGACCAUAAAUGGGGAGCACACAGACGACAUGCAGGACAAGGCCUUAAACUCUCUCUUCACUCUGGUCUGCAGCAUGUACAAGGGCCCCAAGAUUCCAGCCUGUGGGGGGGGGAAGAAGCUCUACAGAAGCUACUGCAACAAUGAGUGAAGGAGCAGCACUACACAUGCUUUCUCUGUUCCAGGUGUGGCCACUAAAUGAGGAAUAAUGAGUGUCAUCAAUAUUGUUUUUACUAUUUCUUAAAAGGGGAAAAAUAAAAGCCUCUAUUUAAUUUGAGUAUGAAUACAA